GGCGCGCCCCGCCCUCUCCCGGCGGGGUCUGGGCAGCGGCGGCCGCAGCCCCCCAGAGGGCGAUGCGGCGAGGGAGACGGGGCAGGCCCCACCUCCUUUGUCCGCCCUGCCCUCCCAUUGGUCCGGGCGGGGGGCCGGGGGCGGACACCGGCGCGGGGCCGGGACCGCGCGGCUCCGGCUGCGGGAAAGCUGCGCGCGUGCAGCGGGGCGGACGCGCGGGGCCGCGGGCGAGCUCGAGCAGCCAACCCCGGGCGCGCCGGGGCCAUGGACGGGCUGAGCCAGCGCGUGGAGCGCUUCCUGGAGCAGAGGAACCCGGUCACCGACGCGCUGGGGGCGCUGGAGGCCAAGACCGGGGUGGAGAGGCGGUACCUGGCUGCAGGAGCCGUCACUCUGCUAAGCCUGUAUCUGCUGUUCGGCUACGGAGCGUCUCUGCUGUGCAAUCUCAUCGGAUUUGCAUACCCCGCAUAUGCUUCAAUCAAAGCUAUCGAGAGCCCAAGCAAGGACGACGACACUGUGUGGCUCACCUACUGGGUGGUGUACGCCCUGUUCAGCCUGGCCGAGUUCUUCAGCGACCUACUCCUAUCCUGGUUCCCUUUCUACUACGUGGGCAAGUGCGCCUUCCUGUUGUUCUGCAUGGCUCCCAGGCCCUGGAACGGGGCUCUCAUGCUGUACCACCGCGUCGUGCGCCCGCUGUUCCUAAAGCACCACGGGGCCGUGGACAGAAUCGUGAACAACCUCAGCGGGCGAGCCCUGGACACGGCGGCCGGAAUAACCAGGAACGCCUUGCAGGCCCUGGCCCGCAGCGGGGCAAGCAUCACCCCUGCGGCUGUGGCAGGGCCCUCCACUCCCCUGGAGGCUGACCCGAAGCCAAGCCAGACCCUGCCGCCGAGGGACAAGUGAAGCAGCCCCCGGGCCCUAGCAAGGGCCUCCUGGCCGGUGAGAAGGGGGCCGCGCCAGGCUCCCAGCCCUCCACAGAGUCUUCUGCGGAUUCCCAGCCAGCGGCCCCUGCCAGUGCCCCGGGUCCAGGCAGGGCCCAGAGGGUCUCCUUAAAUGCCACCUCGGAAAAGCCCCAGUCCCAGAUCUCGACCACGAGUUCUGGAUCCCAGAACCAGCUUCCCGCCGGCCCUGCUGCUGCCUCCUGGCCGACCCGCAAGGCCCAGGGCCAGCGUCGGGCACAGGGAAACUCCCGCCGACCUCAGCCGCACACCCAGCCGCCCGAGACUUCCCCCUCCCAGCUAGCCGUCCAGUCCCCCGGGCCCCUACAGCAACCCAACGUCACCUCCAGCCCGGCCUUACCCGGGGACCAGCCUCCCAGCAGCACCAACAGCCCCACGCAGCCCCCCAGCAAGCCCCCUAGCGAGCCAGAGGACGCAGCCCCCAAGACCACCGGACAGACCGAGAAGCCAUCCUCGAAAGAGCCUGCCAGCGGCACCUCCGUGCGCGAGGUGGUCCCCUGCCACUCCGAGAGCUCUCUGGAGUACACUUCCGAAUCCACCACGGAGAUCACCUGCAGCUGGCCACACAGGCUGCGGUGCCUUCAGCACUACUGGCGCCUGAAACACCUGGCCUGCUAGGAGGGCCUCAAUAAAGCUCAUCCGGACCACA